AUGAUGACACAAGAGAAUGUUCUUCUUGUUGACAUUGUAUCUCUUAGUGUAAGUCAACCCAGUAUGGAGAAAGAGCUGAGCUCCCACUAUCUCUACAAACUCAUGAUGUUGGACUACAGAGCCAGGUACAUGUUUAUAAAACAAGACAAACACAGCCUGGAUUCAGAGCAAGAUGGAGCAACGUUUGACAAUGAUGACUUUUUUGAUUUUGAAGACAAAACACAGCUGAAUGUGAACAGCAAACAGGCACACAUUCAUCCAAUGGAUGUUCACAUGGCAGUUUUCCAUUGUGCCGAUGACUUUUUGCGACAGUACAUUUUCAGAAAACUCUCCACUUGCCAAUUUGCCAUUCCCUUCUUAGUACCCGAUCCAUGUACAGAGGAGGUUGAAUUCCCCUUCUGGGUCCUGAGGCACAUCAGUAAAUCAUGGCAAAGCAAAACAAAUUCUACAGCUGACAAACCUGGAAAGUACAAGAGCAGAAAAAUAUCCAGUACACCAGUGCCAGUCGUUUCCUUUGUAAGACUAGGCAUGUCCAAUUCCAACUCCAAGUCCGACAUAUUGAAUGGUGUCAUUAGCAAACAGAGGCACAGUGUUUUUUUCAACCGCCAUUGCAAGGGUAGCACUCCAGACAGCUUGCUCAUGAAGGGAGUUGUGGAGAUUGCAUGGUACUGUCCUGGGGGUAAGGAAGAUGACAUAUUUGAUGACUGUGUGGCCUUUCUGAACCUUUGUGGUAAUGCAGCAGAGCAUCCAAAACAACUUGAGUUUAUUCAGGCAGUAAGUACUGUCAAUGUGCUUCUACUUUCAGAGCAUCUGCUGAGUGAAGCCGAAAAAAGGAUUUCCCAGAAAUUCUCCACAUCUACUGUCCCCUUGAUAUGCUUGUUCUCAGGGAAGGAGCACAUUCAGCAGUCAAAAAAUCCAACAAAACUCAGACUAGCUGCAAAGAACAGGAAUCACGCUGAGCUUACGGAAGAACUGAUUUCAAAUAUCAAACAGUGUAUUGGUGAAAAUAAACAGACAAAAAGCAUUGACAUGUGCUACCAAGUUGCGGUUCAGCAACAGUUCAAAGUGAAUGACAUUCAGAAAGCAUAUCAAGAAGGUUAUGAACUGGCUCAGACCUUAAUUAGUCUUUUGGCAAAGGAAAACCCAUCCACUCUGAAGGAGAAACUUUUGCCACUGCAAGGUGAAUUGUGGCAUGAAUGGUGUAAGAAAAACAAAGAGCAGUUUCGCCUACAAUUCAAAGAAAGGGAAAGCAUUGAACAGCAACUAAGUGAAAUCACAGCUACGAAGGACAUAAUCAGACAUAGGCAAAAAUGUAAGGCCACUCCUCUUAAUGAAUUUGUAAGAACAUUCCUGGAGUGCUUAACUGCACCCAGUAAUUCCAAAGACACAAAACUGUCCAUGGUGCAGUGGCUCGCUGUUUUCCUGGAGGAUCUUACCACUGAUGUAUUUGCCGAGCUUGAAGAGGACUAUCACUCAACCUGGAGAAAAAUGAGAGAAAUACCAGUGAGUACAGUAAAAGCAUCACAUGUCAGUGAAAUGCAAUCAAAACUCAACAGCAUAUCAGACAAAAUGGCCACUACAACAAUUGGCCUUCAGCAUCUUAUGAGAGAGGUCGGUCAACUAUAUGAGACCAUUCAAACAACGACAAAAGCAGGAAUUCGAACCAGUGAAUCUGCCAGAACUAAGCUGCCUAAAAUAGGGGCAGAUAUGCUGAUUUAUGGUUGUCCACUUGAAUUAAUGGAUGGAGAUGCUGCCCAUGUGCCUUUAACAUGGAUUGAAGCUGUUAUUGGUGAACUUGUUAAAGCUCUUGGAGACAAAAAGUUAUUUGUUCUGUCCAUCCUAGGGCUUCAAAGCUCUGGGAAAUCCACACUACUGAACACAAUGUUUGGUGUUCAAUUUUCAGUGAGUGUAGGAAGGUGCACUCGUGGAGCCUUCAUGCAGCUGAUACCGGUGGACUCCAGCAUCAGAAAUAAACUUGGAUAUGACUUUAUCCUCAUUGUGGACACAGAGGGACUCCGAUCACCUGAGCUCAGUGCAAAGCGAUCAGUAAGCCAUGACAAUGAGCUUGCCACAUUCAUCAUUGGAAUUGGUGACUUAACUGUCAUUAAUAUUAUGGGGGAAAACCCAGCCGAGAUGCAUGACAUCCUUCAGAUUUGUGUGCAGGCUUUUUUGCGGAUGAAACUUGUUAAAAUUGCACCAAGUUGCGUUUUUGUACAUCAGAAUGUUUCUGAUGCAUCUGCUGGAGAAAAGGCAAUGGAAGGGAGAAGACGUCUUCAGCAGAAACUGGAUGAUAUGGCUACCAUAGCAGCAAGGGACAAAAAUAUUGAAGGAAUUAAUGGGUUCAGUGAUGUAAUACAGUUUGACAUUGAAACCCAAGUGUUCUAUUUCAAGAACCUUCUGGAGGGAGAUCCUCCCAUGGCCCCACCAAACCCAUCCUACAGUCAGAAUGUGCAAGAGCUAAAGACCAAACUGCUAACAAUUGCAGAGUGGAAUACAGAGUGCAAAUUUUCGUCAUUUUCAGAAUUCAAAUUACGGGUUCAUGAUCUGUGGACAGCACUUUUACAGGAGAACUUUGUUUUCAGUUUCAGAAACAUGGUGUACAGUUAUCUGGAAGAAAAAUAUGCAGCAUGGUCAUGGAAACUGAGAGAACAUGCUUUGGAGAUUCAAACCAAGUUGUGCAACCAAAUCGGGAGUGAUUUGAUUAAGGAGGUAAAUGUAGUAGAUCUGACAGCAAAUUUUGACAAAGUCUACAAUCCACUGCAAUGUGAGAUAGAGAAGUAUUUCAAAGAAGACAGAAAUGAAGAGAUUCUAGUAAUGUGGAGGGUGAACAUUGACAAACGUUUCAUGAACCUAAAGAAUGAACUCAUUGAUGAGACAAGAAAGAAAUGUAAAGAACAAUUUACUUCCAAGAAAAACAGAUCAGCGCUAGACCAGAAGAAAACUGAAUAUACAGCUGAGUUAACCAAGCAGAGCAAAAAUCUAGCAUCCAAUCUAAAACAACAGCGCCUUGAUGAAAGGGAAAUCACAAAAGAAUUUGACAAACUGUGGGAUCACUGGACAGCUGAAGUGACCAAAUGUCAUAUCCCAACAGAGGAUGUGGAUGUCAAAGCGAUAGUGAGAACAUUGAUGACGGAUUUUGAUAAAAUAAUUCAACAAAUGAGUCACUCUGUUCAAAAAUAUGUCACCGAAAAAGAAAACAACAAGGAGGAUUUUAAUGACAGCUUCAUUUAUGGGAUAUUGGCAACGAUUGAGAAGACCAUUGCUGAAUUUGAGUCCAAAAAUAAUCUCAUACGGUUCACAUAUGAAUUCAAAGUGGACCUUUCUAUUCAUCUUUGCCUGAAAUAUGUCUCAAGGUUUCAGAGGAUGCAGAAAGACUUUAAGAGAGCAAAGCAUCCACUGACAUAUCUGGAAAGCCAAAGAGAAAACUAUUUUCAAGCAUUCAGAAAUUAUUGCAAAGGAGCUAAUUCUGUCACAAUAUUUGUUGAUUUUCUCUGUGAACACAUCAAGCCAAAAGUUCUGGCUGCAGUGAAUGAUAAAACCACUCAGCACAUUGCAGGGGAAAUGAAGCACAAGAAUCCAGCUUUCAACAGCAAUAGGUCAAAUCUUGAGAAUCAUAUACUGAAACAUUUGGCAACUGAGGAGGACUUCAGCUCAUUUCAGGAAUACAUUGACUUUCCAGAGAGUUACUUUGAAAGGUUUAUCCAAGAAAAGGUAGAUGACUUUUGCCGUGAUACCAAAAAACAGCAUCUGAUUAACCAGGAAAAGCUUGAAACUCUCAAAAAUGAGCAACUACAGAAGUAGAAGAUAAGAAAGGAGAUGCAUCCAUGUGGCUUGAUGGCUUCUGUGAAGCAGCAGGGGAGCAC